CCCCGAUCAUCAGCGGGAAACCAAAAUGGCGAACAUGCUGGGGGAAAAUGAACCGUUUGUUAUCUUCUGAAGAAAGAACGACUCCCUCAAGUUUCCGCGAUUUACUUUUCAGAUAAAUUCAACUACAGAAGAAGCGGGAUAACCGCAGCCAUUACUAUUUUAGAUACUUUGUUGUACCAGUCAUUGGUAGAAGCAGAGGUGACCGAAUGAGAGACUCAGGGGUUGUGGAUCACCUGUCUGUCCAUCACAGAGCUGUCCCCCAGCGGCAGCAGCAGGCUGUGUCCUUGUCCCCCACCAGCCUUUCUGCUCAGGGAGAGUAUGGAGAGGACGGCAUGUCUGACAGGUUCACAGAGGGACAGGACGUCUUGGCCCGGUGGUCAGAUGGCUUGUUCUACUUGGGGACAAUCACCAAGAUAAAUCGGGACAAGCAGCGAUGCUUUGUGGUUUUUGAGGAUCGGUCAAAGUCUUGGGUUCUGUGGAAAGAUAUUCAGACAGGGGAUGAAGACGAUGCGGAUGAUGAGGAGGAUGACAUUGUGUGCUCAAUAUGUCAGGAUGAAACUUCAGAUGAACCCAAUGAAAUUGUCAUUUGUGACAAGUGUGGUCAAGGCUACCAUCAGCUGUGCCACUCCCCCAUCAUCGAUGCCUCUGUCAUUGACUCGGAUGACAAGUGGCUCUGCUCCGAGUGUGAGCUCACGUCUUUACCUAAGAGGGGGGGUGCACACAUGAGGGCAGCGUCUGCUCCAGGUUUUCUGCAGCAGGAGCAGCAUGUGGGGCUACACCUGUCCCUCCCGUACGCUCUGGAGGAGCUGGUUUGGGACCAGGGCCACAAGACUAACAUCCAGCAGUGCUACUGCUACUGUGGAGAUCCAGGAGAUUGGUACCUGAAGAUGCUGCAGUGUAACGGGUGUCAGCAGUGGUUCCAUGAUGCGUGUCUCCAUUGCUUACAGAUGCCUAUGCUCUAUGGAGAUAGGUUUUAUUUGUUUAUUUGUUCCGUUUGCAAUGGUGGACCAGAGUACCUCAGCCGUUUGCCUCUCAGAUGGGAGGAUGUCACACACCUGAGCCUGUACAACUUGAGCGUGAUCCACAAGAAGAAGUACUUUGACUCUGAGAUGCACCUGAUGAGUUACAUCAAUGAUAACUGGGAGCAGCUGCAGCUGGGGGAGCUCGCCAACACUCCCAGAUCAGAGCGAUAUGAAAGUGUUCUGGAGGCAUUAAACAACAACAGAAACAUGUUCAUGUCUGGCAAGGAGGUAAAGAAAAAGAAGCACUUGUUUGGGCUGAGGAUUCGUUUCCCUCCUGUUCCCCCCAACUCUGAUGAGCCAGGCAGCAGAGUGAUGGAGAGGGCUUCACAUGAGAUCACCAUCAAGGGAUGCAAGUCCACCAAGGCCCUAUCUGGCAUGAGAGCUUGCAGUACUUUAGCCAAUGGCACAGAGAAAAAGAAGAAGAAGAGGAGAAAGGAAGGACCACAACGCAGUGAACUCUUACCCCAGGAAGUACAAAAGCCUCUACGACUCGAGCCCCACACAUUGGAUCACUUGACCUCUAUCAAGAGUGAGCAGUCUCUGCCGUCUUCCAGAACCUCAGAUGUGGAAUCCAUAGGAGCCCUGAGCACCACAGAAACUACCUCAACUAGCAUUUCAAGACAGUCCAGCCUCUGUAGCUCUAGCAAGAUGCGCUCGACCGCCUGCAUCAUGCCUGUUUCCGCCCCACCCUUAAAAAGGAAACGUGGGCGGCCACGACGAACCCUGCAGCCACCAAACUCAGAGAUCCCCCCUCCGAGCCAUGGAGACUCAAACCCCUCGCCUACGGAGAUGUUGAGCCCACUGCCAGGGCUUCACUCCACGAACAUAGUGCACGGCAUGGACCCCAACAGUCAGCUCUCCCACCUCAAGAGCUCCAUCAGCACCUAUUUUGGAGCAGCAGGGCGGCUGGCUUGCGGGGAAAAGUACAAAGUCCUGGCACGACGGGUCACCCUUGACGGAAAGGUGCAGUACCUAGUGGAGUGGGAAGGAGUCACCGCCUCCUAGACUUCUCAUUGUCAUCAUCACUUCUAACUUUUAACCAGCGCCUGCAGGAGGUUUAUGGCUGUGCUAAGGACACGUGUACACAGCCAGCAUUCAGAGCAUUAAUUGAUAUAUUUUGUUUAGUUUAGAAAGAAGAACGUUUUGCCUGUUGAGUUUACUGCAAAGCCGGCUGGUUCAGUGCACAACAUCCUCGAGUGUUUUGAUGAUUACAAUUCAAUGAUCAAGUUGUCGUUAUACCACACCAUACGUGUGUUGUUGUUCUUUAACUCUUAUUUGCUUUUGAAUGUUUACAGCAACCCCCAUCAGUUCAGGGGGAAAUAAUUGAUCAGUGCACUGCACCUGUGGGCUUUCAGUGAAUUGUUCAUUGUUCUUCAUUUUUAAUCCAGUGAUAUGCUUUUCAUUUCCAUACCAGUUAAGUAUCAACUGAACGUUUCUUGACAGAAUGUAGUUGGUCAGGCAUUUAAUGGUAAAUCUUGGAGGAUAAGAAAGAGGGGACACUUUGUUCUAAGAUUUUUCAUUGUUUUCACUACUGCAAUCAAUGAACAAUUGCAUAAAUGUGGUUAACAUUUAUUUUCUUAUCUAUUUGGUAAAUAAAUAUGUGUCCCUUUUACAGCAGCGUCCCCUCCUCUAGUUGCAGCUACGAGUCCCUCUUGUUGCCUCGGGCAGACGUAUCCUUCAGUUGUGUUUCAGAGGGUGCUCGUUAGUGAGCAGUUCAGGAGAAACAAGAGAUGUGCUGCUCCAAAUGUUUAAUUUUAUAUAGAAUUAUACUACAUUUAUUAUCUUUUCCACUUGUAUUUUUGCAUGUCUUUUUUUCUGUUCAGCAUUUUCUUCUUUGAAUUAGGGAUUGCACAUAUCAAAUUAUAUCUGUUAGACCGUCUUCUCAUUUUGAACGGAAUUUUAGUUUUUCAGCUCCUGCAAUGCAUCAUUUUCACCCAUAGAAAAGUUAUUUAAAAUCUUUUUUUAUGUUGGUCAAAUCUCCCAGUUUAAAUUUAAAUGUGAGAUUCUGAAAAAUAACAUUUUCAAAUGAAGUGUAAUUGCAGUUUUAUAAAUGUUUAGAAGCCCAAAUCCAAGCGGGUUUGGAGUAAAUCCAUUUUGUUUUCAUAAGAUUUCUUUGAAAAGCUGCGCCGCCUUAGUCUAAAUGCAUAACCUUUUAUAACAUUUAGAUUUGAAAUUUAUUAAUGUGAAUGUUGACUGAAAUAUUUAAGAACCUAGUUAGUUUUUACUUUCUCCUUCGUUAUUAAAAUAAAGUUCUGCAUAAGAUGAAUGUUGUUCUCAUACGUAGGUUCAGAAUGUUUUCUGCUCGUUUGUGCUGCCUAUGCAAGUUAGUCCUGGAUAAACGUAUCGGACCAUACAGCUUGACAAAGGGGAGCUUCAGCAUUAUUAUUGUGAUGACUUGACUCAGUCAUUAAACUGUUUGUGUGACAGGUGCAAAAAUACACUUGGAUUUUUGUAAUUUUUUUACAGUCCAGUUAAUCUCUACGUCUACACACUCAGGAUGCCCAAAAACGUCACUGUAUUGCAUAACCCUGCAUUUGCAGCUUGACAGGAGGUUUAGAUGUAAGUUUAUUUACUCCGUGUUGUUUGUCAGUAUUUUUAUAUCUGGUCCUCAUUCGGUCACAUUACUUUGGACCAUAUGUAUGUAACUAUUUUUUUUUUUAUAUGAGCAAAAUAAUUUGUCAAUUUUUACUGUCAGAAAACAAUCACUGGAAAACUAAUAUGCUGUAUGUCAUUGCAUGAGGUAAAUAUUCAGUUAGUUCGGCUGUCUUUUUUGAGACGUUUCUAUUUUUUGUUAAAAUGGACAGAGCUUUUUGACAUUGAUAGGCUCUUUAUUGUACAGAUGUAGUCAGUGCAUGUGAAGCUUCUCCUCUGUUCAGCCAGUGUCUCAGCCAUAGACUGUGUAAAGAAGUUGUAAUAUAUACGGUCUAUGGUCUAAGCCUACAUGUUGCUUCCACUGGCUUCCAGCAGGCUUCUGUAGCCAAAGAACAAACAUGUAACGUCCGCUUUGUCUGUUGAGAUUCUUCUUAUUACAUUUUUAUACAUGAUUAUAUAGGUUGACGUGUUACUUCUGAACCUGUUUAGUUAAAGGAUAAAUAAAAGUUGAUAUUUUGAA